CUGAUAACAACAAUUCUAGGGUAGACUUCGUUGCAACUUUCAGUAAUAUUUAUUCCAUUGUAACCGCAUCUCCUCUCCACGUCCAUAAUGGCAUCCCGUGACGCGAUUUCCGUUCUACUCACAUCCUUGCUCCUCUUAAUUCAGAACAACAUUUCGGCCGCCGAUUAUUCCGCUAUAGUGACUUGUGACUUAGAUCUGUCUGAGGAAGCUCAAUCUUAUUUACCCGACCAAUGCAAACAAAUAACACAACCGUUAAAGGACUUAGCCAAGGAGGAAUCAGAAUGGUUUGCUAAGUGGGAUAGUGAUAUUAAUGCUUAUGAAGAGAGACAUGAUCCCAACUUUGCAUCUGAAAAUCGAAGUAUUCCAAACAAACAGUGGGAAGUGCGAGAGCGGGUAACGGAAGAAUCUUCAAUUUAUAAAUGCGAAAAACGUGACGAUAAUGUCCGAGCGUACUAUGAAUGCCUGAUAGACGGCCGAAAAAAAAUGAUUGAAUUAUUAAAGGAAGAAGCUUGAGAUUGGAAAACUACAAUUCACAAUUCUCGCUAUUCCAUUUAAUGUAAUCACACGAAUGGCGUGUUAAAUAAACCGAUUGUGAUAAAACAAAUAA